CUUCUGUGCCUCGCGACCCGGCCCAGCCGUCGGGACCCAGGUCCCAGGUCCCGGCCGGCGCCAUGGAGCGGCGCUGGGCCCGGGGGCUCGGGCUGCUGCUGCUGCUCUGCGCCCCUCUGCGCCCGGGGGCGCGCGCCGAGGAAGUCACGCUGAUAGACACCAGCAAGGCACAAGGAGAGCUGGGCUGGCUGCUGGACCCCCCAGAGGAUGGGUGGAGCGAGGUGCAACAGAUGCUGAACGAGACACCCCUGUACAUGUACCAGGACUGCCCGCUGCAGGAAAAUGGAGACACAGACCACUGGCUCCGCUCCAACUGGAUCUACCGGGGGGAGGAGCCCUCGCGCGUCCACGUAGAGCUGCAGUUCACCGUGCGUGACUGCAAGAGCUUCCCUGGGGGAGCCGGGCCUCUGGGCUGCAAGGAGACUUUCAACCUCCUGUACAUGGAGAGCAACCAGGAUGUGGGCAUCCAGCUGCGGCGACCCCUGUUCCAAAAGGUGACCACGGUGGCUGCUGACCAGAGCUUCACCAUCCGGGACCUCGCAUCGGGCUCAGUGAAGCUGAAUGUGGAGCGAUGCUCCUUGGGGCUCCUGAGCCUCCGCGGCCUCUACCUCGCCUUCCACAACCCCGGUGCCUGUGUAGCCCUGGUGUCCGUGCGAGUGUUCUACCAACGCUGUCCUGAAACUGUGCAUGGCUUGGCCCAGUUCCCUGACACCCUUCCUGGCCCCGGCAGUCUGGUUAAAGUGGCUGGGACUUGCCUGGCACAUGCGCAGGUUGCCGCCGGGCCCUCGGGUGCACCCCUCAUGCACUGCAGCCCUGAUGGCCAGUGGUUGGUGCCGGUGGGCCAGUGCCUCUGUGAGCCUGGCUAUGAGGAAGCCAGCGGCGGAGUGGGAUGCACUGCCUGCCCUCAGGGCUCCUACCGCAGAGAUCUAGGUGUACCCCAUUGUCUCAAGUGUCCCCACCACAGCAGAGCUGAUGUUGAGGGGGCCACCAUCUGUACCUGUGAAAGCCACCACUACCGAGCCCCUGGGGAGGGCCACCAGGAGGCGUGCACACGUCCCCCAUCAGCUCCCCGCAACCUGAGCUUCUCUGUAUCCGGGACUCAGCUCUCCCUGCGCUGGGAACCGCCCGCUGAUAAGGGAGAACGCCAGGAUGUCCAAUACAGUGUGGAGUGUUCGAAGUGUCAGGGCACAGCACAAGAUGGAGGACCUUGCCAGCCCUGUGGGAUGGGGGUGUACUUCUCCCCAGGGGCCAGGGAGCUCACCACACCUGCUGUGAAGGUCGAAGGCCUUGAGCCCUAUGCCAACUACACCUUCACUGUCAAAUCCCUAAACGGAGUGUCUGGGUUGAGUACUUCCGGUCCAGCUGGUACCUCCCUCAGCAUCAACAUAGGCCAUGCAGAGUCACUGUCAAGCUUGUCUCUGAAGCUGGUGAAGAAAGAACCAAGGCAGCUGGAGCUGGCCUGGGCAGAGUCCCGGCCCCGCAGCCCAGGGGGGAACCUGAGCUAUGAGCUGCAUGUGCUGUACCAGGAUAAAGAAUGGUACCAAACGGUUCUCGAGCCCAGGGUCUUGCUCACAAAACUGCAGCCGGACACCACCUACAUUGUCAGAGUGCGCACGAAGACCCCACUGGGCCCUGGCCCUUUCUCCCCUGACCACGAGUUUCGGACAAGUUCCCCUCCAGCUUCCAGGAGCCUGACUGGAGGAGAAAUUGUGGCUGUCAUCUUUGGGGUGCUGCUUGGCAUAGCUCUGCUGCUUGGAAUUUAUGUCUGCCGUUCGAGGAGAGGACGGCAGCGGCAACAGAGGCAACGGGACCGAGCCACUGAUGUUGAUCGGGAAGACAAGCUGUGGCUAAAGCCUUACGUGGACCUCCAGGCUUACGAGGACCCUGCACAGGGAGCCCUCGACUUCACCCAGGAGCUGGACCCAGACUGGCUGAUCGUGGACACUGUCAUUGGGGAAGGGGAGUUUGGAGAAGUUUAUCAAGGGACUCUGAGCCUCCCCCGCCAAGACUGUAAAAUUGUGGCCAUUAAGACCUUGAAAGACACGUCCCCAGAUGGCCAGUGGUGGAACUUCCUUCGCGAGGCCACUAUCAUGGGCCAGUUCAACCAUCCCCACAUUCUGCGCCUGGAAGGGGUCAUCACAAAGAGAAAGCCCAUCAUGAUCAUCACAGAGUUUAUGGAGAAUGGAGCCCUAGAUGCUUUCCUGAAGGAUCGCGAGGACCAGCUGAGCCCUGCGCAGCUGGUGGCCAUGCUGCAUGGAAUAGCAUCCGGCAUGAACUACCUCAGUGACCACAAUUACGUCCACCGGGACCUGGCUGCCAGGAACAUCUUAGUGAGUCAGAACUUGUGCUGCAAAGUGUCCGACUUUGGCCUGACUCGCCUUUUAGAUGACUUCGGCGGCACCUAUGAAACUCAGGGGGGUAAGAUCCCAAUCCGGUGGACAGCCCCUGAGGCCAUUGCCCAGCGGAUCUUCACCACAGCCAGUGAUGUGUGGAGCUUUGGGAUUGUGAUGUGGGAGGUGCUAAGCUUCGGGGACAAGCCCUACGGGGACAUGAGCAAUCAGGAGGUCAUGAAAAGCAUCGAGGAUGGGUACCGGCUGCCCCCUCCUGUGGACUGCCCUGCCCCUCUGUAUGAACUCAUGAAGGACUGCUGGGUGUACGAUCGCACUCGCCGGCCCACCUUCGCCCAGCUGCAGGGACACCUGGAGAAAUUGCUUGCCGACCCCUACUCCUUGAGGACGAUUGCCAACUUCGAUCCCAGGGUGACUCUCCGGCUGCCCAGCCUGAGCGGCUCCGAUGGAAUCCCUUAUCGAAGCGUCUCUGAGUGGCUCGAGUCCAUCCGCAUGAAGCGAUACAUCCUGCACUUCCGUUCAGCCGGGCUGGACACCAUGGAGUGUGUGCUGGAGCUCACAGCCGAGGACCUCACACAGAUGGGAAUUACUCUGCCUGGACACCAGAAGCGCAUUCUUUGCAGUAUUCAAGGGUUUAAGGACUAAGGGGGUCACAUCAGGGAGAAGAUGCCUGGGCACCCCCCCUCCUCAGGGAGCAAGGGCAGGGCCUCGGCUCCCCCGGGGCCCUUCCCCAACCUACAAGAUGUAGGUGACUGGUGCUGCCCCUGCCCACCCUCCGGACUGUGCCUGUGGACUGGGAGGGAGCCUCUAUUUUCAAAAGGGAGGUUGGUAGAAGUCAAUGGGCAGAUGGGCACUGGGGAUGACUAAUAUAGCUGCAUAUACAUAUAUAUAUAUAUAUAUAUUUUUGUAAAUAAAGAGGAACUGAGUUUGCAUCCCU